CCUGGCGGCGCAGCUCCUGGGCGGUGCACAGCGCGAACAGCGAGGAAAGCAGGAGCAGAAGGAGCGCUGCAGGUCUGAGGAGCCCAGCUUCGCGGAGCGCCUGGUGGUGAGCAUCGCUUGGAGGAGAAGGCGGCAAAGAUAGGCCCAGGAGAAAUGGAGUCCAAAGAUCAAGGAGUCAAAAACCUCAACAUGGAAAAUGACCACCAGGAAAAGAAGGAGAAAGAAGAAAAGCCGCAAGACGCUAACAAAAGGGAGGCACCUGUGGCCCGGCCUUCCGAAGCUGUGGAAAGCAGUGUGCCUAGAGGGAGUCGCAGGCGGUUCCGGGUUAGGCAGCCCAUCUCGCACUAUAGAUGGGACCUGGUGCAUAGGGCUGGAGAGCCCCAGGCAAGGAUGAGAGAUGAGAAUGCGGAAAGGCUUGGGGAGGAUGUGAGAAGGCAGCUCAUGGAGAAGUUAAGGGGAAGGCAGCUGAGCCAUAGUAUGCGGGCGGUUAGCACUGACCCGCCUCACCAUGACCAUCACGAUGAGUUUUGCCUUAUGCCCUAGAGUCCUGAGGUUUUCUCUGAAGAUAUGGGGACCCCUGACUCUAAAACGUAAAUUUUGUCAUGUACUACUGUAAAAAAUUUGAGAUUACUUCUUUUAUGUGGAUCUCUUCCUGCUCUAAUUGAAACGUG